AUGUCACGUCUCGAGAGGCUUGUGGUACUCCUUGAAACGGGUUCCACACAAUUCAUACGAAAUACAGCUGCCGACCAGCUCAGUGAUUUGGCCAAACAACAUCCAGAAGAGACGUUGAACUUAUUAUCGAGAGUUUAUCCGUUCUUGAAAAGCAAAAAAUGGGAAACGCGAGUGGCCGCAUCGCGCGCGUUCGGAGGGAUCGUCUCGCAUGCGCCAUUAUGGGACCCGAACGCAGAGACAGAGGUGAAAACUGACGAAGAUUACGAGGCCAUUAAGAAAGAAGAGGAGGAACUAGAUCUGCAGAAAAUGGUCGAGGCAACGGAGAACUGCUUUUUGACAUUUGAGGAAUGGAAUCUCUUGGAAAUCCUACAAGCAAAACGAGUCUUGCUGGCGACAUCCGGGGCAGAGUUCGUCAACAAUGGCUCCGAGCCAGCUCCCAAAAAAGUCAAGACAGAAUUUACAGCAAAAUUAGGAAUAGACGAAGUGAGUGAGGAGUCAACACCAAAGGAAGAACCACUUGAUGCGCCCAAAAAAGAGGAGCUGGAUACGAUCGAGCAAGUUCCUGCUGCCAAGUCUCAGCAGUCCGCAAGAAUGCGUGCAAUGGCCAAGCGGAAAGCGAAGUUCGCAAAAACAGGCUCGUCGAAGAGCGCCCCUGUUGAUCUUUCUCAAAGCAGUGUGAGUAGGAGGUUGGCAAAAGAUGGCUCUGUCAAAGAGGAAUCCGACGACAGUGCUGGAUCGGCCACUCCAAACGUAAAUAUCACCUCGCAAUCGAACGGCACGAAGCUUGUUGUAGAGCAGAAAGUGCCUGAUAUCUCACCAAUCUUACAACUGCAUGCAAAAGUUUCACAUUUGGUCUGGCAAUUCCAAGGUGUCUAUGAGUUACUUAUGAAAGAUCUAUUCAAUGAAACGUGGGAGAUUAGACACGGUGCAGCAAUGGGCCUCAGAGAGCUAGUGAAAUACCAAGCCUAUGGUGCAGGUCGUAUAAAGGGUCGCUCAAAAAAGGAAAACGAUGACCUCAAUAAGCGCACAUUGGAGGACCUUUGUGUUCGACUCAUUACUCUCUUCGCGAUGGACAGGUUUGGAGAUUAUGUUUCUGAUACAGUGGUUGCUCCGGUUAGAGAAAAUGCAGCUCAAACUUUGGCAGCUCUACUACUGCAUCUGCCUGAAGACAUUGUUUUGAAGACCUUUGCCGCUCUCGUACAAUUGAUCAAACAGGAUUUUGGACAAUCAGAUUAUAAAAUGACUUGCUGGGAAGCCAGACAUGGAGGCAUGCUUGGUCUACGAUACUUUGUCAGCGUCAGAACAGAUUUGUUGUUCAGUCAUACGGAGCUGCUUGACGCCACGAUAGAUAUGGUUUUGUUCUGUCUACAUAGCAGCGGCGAUGAUGAUGUUCAGAGUGUUGCUGCCUCCACGUUGAUCCCUAUCGCUAGCGACUUCGUCAAGCUCAAACUGGAUAUGGUGUUCAAUGUUGUUAAUGUGAUCUGGCAAGGCUUGACUGACUUGAAAGAUGAUCUAAGUGCUUCUAUUGGAUCAGUGAUGGAUCUUUUAGCGAAACUUUGUUCGCAUAGAGAAGUGUUGGAUAAAAUGAAGGAGUACGCCAUUGAAAACGAGGAUCUUAGCUUCAAGAAUCUUAUACCUCGUCUAUUUCCCUUCCUUAGACACUCCAUUACCAAUGUCAGAAAAUCUGUGCUCAAAACACUGCUUGCUUUCCUGGAAAUAGAAGAUGUCUCGGUCAAAAACUGGAUAGACGGAAAAGCGUGUAGACUGAUUUUCCAAAACUUGCUUGUCGAGCAAAAUGCGGAUGUGCUACAACUCUCUGAAAAAGUUUACCAGACAAUGAUCGAUCAAAUCUCUCAAGGCGCUCUUGGGUCAAUUGACGACAUAUUCGCUGAACACAUCACUCCCUUGAUGACCCUUCUUAUGACUCCUAUAGGUGUGGCACGCUUCAAUUACUCCAUGAAUCCAAAUUGUAUUCUUAGACCAAGCGGUCAAACCUUAUCGUUCAAUGACAUUCCAUUGACGGGUUUCAAUAUAGAGGAGAUGAGACCAAAGCAGAAAAAGCGAAAGAUGUCCGACGAACAGCAGCAAGCUUGGGGAAAGUUCAAACAAAAUGAUGCAGGCAUUCCAGAGACAGAGUACGAUAAUGCUGUCAACAUAGACGCGCCAAUGAUUAAUGGUGAUUUAACAUUGGUUGGAAUCGACAUUGUUGUGAAAACAAGGCUGGCUGCAGCCUCAGCCCUUGGCCGCACCCUUGCUCGCUAUAACUCCGUGGAAAAUUUAGGGCCUGUUUUUGGCAAAUUGGAGGCCUACUUCAAAGAUCCGCAUUCAACACCUCGCUUAUUCGCAUGCAUAGUUUUGGAAGAAUACUGUCAGAGUUGUAUUGACCAAAAGAAGCCUAUCGAUGAAUCAAUAAAGUCAAGGUUCCUUCCAACGCUCAAUGAAGCCUUAGCUAAUCCGGAGAGUCUUCCAUCCUUCAGAGAGUUUGUUCCUAUAUUAAAAGGGCUUAGAACCCAAUGUCUCCAGCUUUUCCAGAUUUUCAAGGAACAGGGUAGAGUUUCUUCGAGCAAAAUCCCAACAAUCCCGGUCCUGGUUCAGGGAGAGGAAGAUGCAGGCCCUGAUGCGUUUGGUAUUGAGCUGGCGAUGUCGAUAGUCAAUGAGGUUUACAACAAGCUGCUCAAGUCUCUGACCCCGGUCUACAAAAUGUCUGCACUACAGUCGCUGGAGGACGCUAAACAUCGUGUCACCAUGGCCAUUACAGAGGCUAUAGCUUCAAAAACUAACCGUUCCACCGGAAUACUUUCCUCUUACUCGUCGGCGGUUUUGAAGCUCUCUGGAUUGCCGAAGAAGCUAACGCCAUUAAUUCGGUCAUUAAUGGAAAGUAUUAAGUCUGAAGAGCUACUUCAAUUACAAGCGAGAGCAGCCUCGACAGUUUCUACCCUAAUUAUGGAACUCAACAAGGUUGGCAAAACUGGAGCUGCAGACAAAAUGGUGAAGAAUCUCUGUGGAUUCCUUUGUGUGGAUACUUCAGAAGUUCCUGAAUUCGUUCCUAACAAGCUAUUCACAGAUAUAAUCUUAUCACUGAGAAAAGAAGAAGCAAAAACCGAUCCAGCAGAGCUUGCUGCUGCCGAGAGAGAGAUUUUCUUGGCUAAGAUCAAGAGACGCGGUGCCAAGGUUGCUCUUGAUGACUUGAUCGAAAAGUAUGGAACUGAAGUCUUUGACAAACUGCCAAUUCUCAAAACUAUCGUCUUCGAACCCUUGAAUAUACUUUCACGCACAGAGUUCAGCGAUGCUGAAGGUCAACAGGCUGUCGACUCACUGGAGAUUUUGCGUGUGCUACUAAGCAAGAUGGAUAGAUCCCUGCAACUGACAGUUGUGGAUAAGCUUCCUAUAAUUUUGGAAGGAAUCAAAUCCAAGUAUUCAGUAUUCCGAUAUUCUGCUGCCAAAUGCUUUGCCACGAUAUGUGCCACCUUGCCGUCUACAGGAUUCCAGUUCUUCGUGAAACAUAUUCUUCCGCUUUUGAACAAUGCUCUUGAUCUCAAAGACAGACAGGGGGCCAUUGAAUGUAUCUACAGACUGUCGAUUGUCAUGGGGUCUGACAUCUUGCCUUAUGUGGUCUUCUUGCUUAUUCCUGUGCUGGGCAGGAUGAGUGACGCAAACCAUGAUGUGAGACUACUCAGCACCACAACUUUUGCAUCAAUUAUUAAACUGAUACCUUUGGAGGCAGGAAUUCCUGAUCCUCCAGAUAUGCCAGAGGAGCUGCUUGGUGGAAGAGACAAAGAGCGCGAAUUUAUACAGCAAAUGAUGGAUCCUACAAAGACCAAACCUUUUGAGCUCCCUGUCUCCAUCAGAGCAACGUUACGGAAGUACCAGCAAGAGGGCGUUAACUGGCUUGCAUUUUUGAAUAAGUACCAUCUUCAUGGUAUUCUGUGUGAUGAUAUGGGGCUCGGAAAGACUUUACAGACAAUUUGCAUAGUGGCCAGUGACCACCAUCUUCGCGCAGAAGAGCAUAAAAAAACACACUCCAUGGAAACGCGUAAGCUUCCAAGCUUGAUCAUAUGCCCUCCAUCCCUCACAGGUCACUGGGAACAGGAAUUUGAGCAAUACGCUCCGUUUUUAAACGUUGUUGUCUACGCUGGUUCGCCUUCCUUGAGAGCCUCUAUUCGGUCGCAGCUAGCCGGAGCAGAUGUCGUGGUGACUUCUUAUGAUGUGGUUCGUAAUGACGUUGAAUUUGUCAGCUCCAUCGACUACAAUUACUGUGUCCUUGAUGAGGGCCACAUUAUCAAGAACGCCAGCACGAAAUUGACACAGUCGGUGAAGCGUAUCCGUGCAGAGCAUCGGUUGGUACUUUCGGGAACUCCAAUUCAAAACAACGUCCUUGAGCUGUGGUCGUUGUUUGACUUCUUGAUGCCAGGAUUCCUCGGCACCGAGAAAAUGUUCCAGGAGAGGUUUGCCAAGCCAAUUGCUCUUUCUCGAACCAACAAGGGCCCCAAAGAGCAAGAGGCAGGCGCUCUGGCGUUGGAAGCUUUGCACAAACAGGUGCUACCAUUUAUGUUACGGCGCCUGAAGGAGGACGUUCUUUCUGACCUGCCUCCGAAAAUCAUCCAAGACUAUUAUUGCGAGCUAUCCAGCUUGCAAAAACAACUGUACAAAGAUUUCAUCAAGAAGCAAAAGACGAACGUCGAAAAAGAUCUUCAUGCGUCCGACGAGAGCCAGAGUAAGCAACACAUUUUCCAGGCUCUGCAAUAUAUGCGAAAACUUUGUAAUCAUGCUGCCCUAGUUUUGACUCCGAAACACCCACAAUACAACGAUGUCAUGAAGUAUCUCAAGACGUACGAUAUGGAUAUCAGGGAUAUUGAGCACUCACCAAAGCUGAUGUCGCUGAAGAAUCUGCUUCUUGAGUGUGGUAUUGGCACCGACGACGGCCAAAAGGGUCUCAUUCCCGCGGAAAACGUCAUUUCCCAGCACCGAGCACUCAUCUUCUGCCAAAUGAAGGAUAUGUUGGACAUGGUUGAAAACGAUCUCUUAAAGAAACACAUGCCCGGCGUCACUUACCUUCGACUAGACGGGUCUACGGAGCCUCGAAAGCGGCAGGAUGUCGUUCGCAAGUUCAACAACGAUCCCUCGAUCGAUGUUCUUCUCCUAACCACCAAGGUUGGAGGUCUGGGUCUCAACUUGACCGGAGCAGAUACCGUGAUUUUUGUUGAGCAUGACUGGAAUCCGAUGAACGAUCUGCAAGCCAUGGAUCGUGCGCACAGACUGGGACAAAAGAAGGUGGUGAACGUGUAUCGGUUGAUCACCAAGGACACUCUGGAAGAAACAAUCAUGGGACUCCAAAAGUUCAAAAUGAAUAUUGCUUCUACGAUUAUCAACCAGCAAAACUCUGGGCUCGCGUCAAUGGACACGAACCAACUGCUAGACCUGUUUGAUUCGGAUCCCGACGCGGACACGGAGAUGAAGCAACGGGAGAAGGAGAAAUCCGAACCCGUGUCUAAUAAGCUCGACUCUCUGGACGUUCCGAACGAAGUUGGUUUGUCAGGAAAGGCCGGCAGCGCCGUUAACGAGCUUGCCGAACUCUGGGACGAAAAGCAGUACGAAGAAGAGUACAACUUGGACUCAUUUAUUAAGACCCUGAAAUAG